AUGCUUCAAGAAAUGUUUCCAAAUAUUCCCGCUGCGACAAUUUCAUCAAUGUUUCACGAAAAUCAUGGCAACUUUGAUGUUACUUUGGAAUGUUUGAUUUCUCCGGAAAAUGAAUUUAAAGUAGUAAAAAAAAAAGGAAAUGAUCAACAAUCUCAUACUUUUAGAAUAUCCAAUAAUAAUUAUGACAACGACGAUGAUGACGAUGACGAAUAUGAAGAUGACGAAGAUGACGACGAAUAUAGUUACAAUCCGGGACAUUGUCGCCGUGAGGCUCUUCGUUGCCAAAAAUUAAGAAACAAGGCAUUUAGAAAUGCAUCAGAAGCUUAUAGGGGACAAGAGUAUGAUCAGGAAAUGAAAACAUGGAAUUUGAGAUAUGUAAUGUCGUCAACUGAACAACAAAGGAAUGGCAAGAAUAUUAUUGAUUUACAUGGAUUAACAGUUGAUCAAGCAGUAUAUGUAGUGAGGAAGCAUUUAAAUAGAUUAUAUCCAAAAGGUGAUAUAUAUAGUGGUAAACCUUUAAAAAUAAUUACUGGAGUAGGAAAUCAUUCACCUAAUGGAAUUCCAAAAUUACCUAAUGCUGUGAGACAAGUUCUAAAAAAUAAUUGGGAUUUCGUCGAAAAUCGUGGUCAUAUGAUCGUCAAAGGACAAAUCUUCAAUAUAUAA